AUGGCAGCACCAAAGGAAGUCGCGGGCUGUAAGCUCGGUAGCCUGAUCAUCGAAGGCAAAACGAAGCAAGUAUUUGACUUACCAGAACAACCAGAGCAAUGUAUUCUCAUCAACAAAGACAGAAUCACAGCCGGCGAUGGUGUCAAAGCUCACGAUAUGGAGGGAAAGGCUGCCAUUUCAAACCAAACUAACGCUAAGGUCUUCGAAAUCCUAAAGGCAGCAGGUAUCAAAACAGCCUUUAUAAAGAUCGCAUCAGCAACAGCGUUCAUCUCGAAGAAAUGUGAUAUGGUACCCAUUGAAUGGGUGACCAGGCGGCUCGCAACUGGAUCAUUCCUUAAACGUAACCCUGGCGUACCAGAAGGGUUCCGCUUCACCCCACCAAAGCAGGAGACGUUCUUCAAGGAUGAUGCUAAUCACGACCCUCAGUGGUCUGAGGAACAGAUCGUUUCUGCUAAAUUCAAUUUUAAUGGACGUCUUAUUGGUCAGGACGAAGUAGACUACAUGAGACAAGUAACAAUCCUUGUUUUUGAAAUCUUAGAGAAGGCUUGGGCGCUCCGCGACUGUGCCCUUAUCGAUAUGAAAAUCGAGUUUGGUGUCGAUUCUGAUGGAAACAUUCUCCUUGCUGAUGUCAUCGACUCAGACUCAUGGAGGCUGUGGCCGUCUGGUGACAAAAGAUUAAUGGUUGACAAGCAGGUCUACCGUAACCUAGCAAAUGUAACCGCUGCUGACUUGGACACAGUGAAACGCAACUUCGCCUGGGUCAAGGACCAACUCGACCACUUGAAACCCAACGUUCACCACAAAGUCGUCAUCUUUAUGGGCUCCCCCGCUGAUCUUGAACAUUGCAAGAAGAUCGCUAAAGCCGCCAAGGAACUAGGUCUUGACGUUGACAUGAGAGUAACUUCAGCACACAAAGCUACAGAGGAAACUCUGCACAUCAUGCAACAAUACGAAGAUACACACGGUGCUCUGGUGUUUAUUGCGGUUGCGGGCCGAUCAAAUGGCCUUGGACCAGUGCUAUCUGGCAACACUUCGUACCCCGUUAUUAACUGCCCGCCACCGUCGGAUAAACUAGUUCAGGAUAUUUGGUCAUCUUUAUCUGUGCCGUCUGGUCUUGGCUGCGCAACAGUCAUCUACCCCGACAGCGCUGCUCUUAUGGCAGCUCAAAUAAUUGGUAUCCAAGACUACAUCGUAUGGGCUCGUCUACGGGUAAAGCAACUCGAAAUGGCAGCUUCCUUGAGAGUCGCUGAUAAAAAAAUAAGAAACCUUUCCUUGGAAUAA